AUGAAUGACAUUAUCGAAAAAAACCGAGCCGCGAUUGGGCCAAUGCUAGUGAAGAGAAUAUUCGUUGGUCAGCAUAGUAAGUUUGAUGGAGGCCCCAAACGUUUCAUCGCAUCGAAACCUAGCGACUUACCGAAGUGUUUGGCUCUAUGUGCACAUGCCUACAUUGAACAGAUCGUGUUCGACGCGGUAUCGCUUGACUCCACUACAGUCAAGCUUAUAACUGAUAGUUUGCGACAGAAUCACGUACAUGUAAAAGGAAUGAUUCUGUAUGGCGUUGAUGUCACUUGCGAAGUUAAGUUGCUGGUUGAUCUGCUCAGAGCUGCUGAAAGUUCAAUUCUUUUUAUAAUCAACUGUAAGCUCGAUAAUGAGUUGGCAGGAUCCCUUGCUCACCACAAGAUAAUUGCAGAGCAACUGCAAUCGCAUUUCAUUGGAUCUUUCGACUGUUUUGAAGUAUAUUUGACCAUGAGUGUUGACGAAGUUGAUUGGUUAACUAAUUUUGUGCAGCUGACACUUCCAUCGAUAACUGAUCAUGGCUAUGCUGUAGUCAAACAGUUUCAUACAGGCCGCGGACCAGAAUAUCGUGUCUAUCGUGAUCCAGGCCAUGCAUGCAGUGUUGAUGUCACAUGUCAACCACUGGAGAAAGUCGAAACAUCCAAUCUAGACGUAAAUCAGUUCUAUAUUCUUCAUUCGGAACAGGGCGGAUUGUAUUGUGAAUCAGGUAGUUUGCAAAGCUAUCGCUAA